GUCCAAACCACUUUGUUAGUGCUGGCUGUGGGGACUAAAGUUUAAAUGCCCAGGAGGUGGCUGAUGUAAGCUUAACACCAGGACUGCAGCUUGGACAGGGGAAUCUCCCCUGAGCCUGUCAGACUGGACCUCCCUCUGCUCUCUCCCUCCUCGACUGGCAAUGAACAGCUGCCUUUGCAUGAAAAGAAGGGACGAUUUUCCACGCUUAACAGAUCACCCUAUAAUGCCUGAGGUCCGGGACCUAUCAGAUGCUCUGACAGACCUGUCUAUGGAUCCCAUCACUGGUGUUGGGGUAGUAGCAUCAAGAAAUCGAGCACCUACUGGAUAUGAUGUGGUUUCUCAGACGACAGACGGCUUGGAUGCCGACCUAUGGAAAGAUGGUUUAUUUAAGUCCAAGGUGACAAGAUAUCUUUGUUUCACCAGAGCCUUCUUAAGAGAAAAUAGCCAUUUAGGGAAUGUCUUGGUGGAUAUGAAACUGAUCGACAUAAAAGACACAUUACCUGUUGGCUUCAUCCCCAUCCAGGAGACUGUGGAUACACAGGAAGUUGCCUUUAGAAAAAAGCGCCUGUGCAUUAAGUUUAUUCCACGAGACUCCACGGAGGCCGCCAUCUGUGACAUCCGCAUUCUGAGCCGAUCUAAACAGGCCCCACCUCAGUAUACAUUCAUAGGGGAGCUGAACAGUAUGGGCAUCUGGUACCGAAUGGGAAGGGUUCCACGGGCCCCAGAAUCUCCGCAGCCCUCUACACCUUCCUCCCCAUCUGCAGUGGUGACGUCAGCGUCUGCUCCAAACCUCCCGAGACAUAUAUCCCUGACCCUUCCUGCUACCUUCAAGGGUAGGAAUAACACCCGUCCAGACUUUGAAAAUCAGCAGUCCAACCUGUAUGCGAUAUCUGCAAUGGAUGGAGUUCCCUUUAUGAUCUCUGAGAAGUUUGCAUGUGCAUCGGAAGCUAUGCAGCAAAUUGACCUAUUGGGAAUAACCAUCAAGUCCCUUGCAGAAAUAGAGAAAGAGUAUGAUUACAGCUUCAGAACAGAACAAAGCGCUGCAGCCCGCCUGCCACCAAGUCCUGCCCGCUGCCAGCAGAUGCCUCCGCCAUGAAGAAAGGAAAGACAGAUAAUGGAUUUGACACGCACAAAUACAGUACUACUGAGCAGAACCCAUUGCUGCUGACCCUAACUUCUAACCUCUGCCCAGCCAGAGUGGCAGAAAUGAAGAGUUGGUGGAAUUUUUUCUAACAGAAUAUGUUUUUUGUAUUGGUAUUUUGUAAAUAUAGCUACUAAAAAGAACAAAACCCCCCCUACGUAUUGAGUUGUAUUCCAGUGGUGAGCCUUCCCAGGCUCAGUUGCGAUACAGUAUUAAUCAGUACCAAGUAUGACUGCAUACUUCCAGUAUCUAGAACAGUGCUACUAGUGACUAUGGUUGGGACAGGGUGUGGUAGCAUCAUGUUACAGUGAAAGCUUAAGAAGAGGCACAUACGUUACCCACACAUAUACAAUGUGUUGCACGGCAUCUUCUAAACAUGUUACAAUAAAAGCAAAUGUGUAUUGUGCAUGGACAGCUGUGAUUAAUAUAUUCAUAUACCAUAGAAUAUUUCACAGAUUAAAUAUACAUGCCGCAGUUAUCUGUGUAUAUCAUUGCUCCUGUUUAUUGCUACACAAGCUUCCAUAUUGCUCCAUGCAACUACAACAGAUAACCAUGCCCAUAGCUUCCGCUCUUUGCAUUAGCUUGCUACCUUUUCUCUAAACCAAAGGUUCCCAAACUCUCUCCUCUAGGCACCCUUAGAGUGCAGGUUUUAAGGAUAGCCAUGCUUGAACACAGGUGAUUUAAGUAGUACCUCUGUCAGUUUUGAGUAUACCAUCUGUACUUAAGCAUGGAUAUCCUUUAAAACCUGGACUGGUUGGGUGCCUUGAGGACCAAGUACGGGAACCACUGGUCUAAACCAUGCUGAAGGAUUCCAUCACCCUUUCUCAUUGAAGAUAUUGGGAGUUGUAGUUCACCAUUAGGAAAACCCCUGACUGUCUACUGAUACUGUACCUGCACUGUUAAAGAUUAAUUAUGGCCAAUUUAUGAGUGUUAUUCUUUAUAUGUCCAGAAAAACAAGUGGGUGCAACUUACUCUUCUCCACCAUCCUCUUUUCUCUGGAUAUUUUACAUUUUUAAUGCAAGUCAGAGCGGCUGUACUGUAUUAAUGAAACCAGAAUAUCUUCUCUUCCAAUGGAAAACAGUUGACCAACGUCCAAAGUCCAGUUCUCCAAUACAACUACAAGCGAUUACCUUUAAGGCACACUUAAAGAAAUGUAAAGGAACGCUAACCAUAUAUUUUUUAUUUUGUCUUAGAGACAUAUUGUAUGAUGUAUUAAAAAAAUAAAAAUGUAGUAAUGACGAUGAA